AUGAGUACCAGAGCGCACACCACUCUCCAGGACAAGAUGGAAAAAGGAGGGAGCAAGAAAAUGGCGCGUCGAGAAAGGAAAAUGGCUUUGAUACAGGAUGUUGAUAAGUUAAAGAGGAAGCUAAGAUAUGAAGAGAAUGUUCAUAGAGUGUUAGAAAGAGCACUUGCAAGACCUUUGGGAGCACUUCCUCGUCUUCCUCCUUAUCUCCCUCCUCGUACAUUAGAGCUUGUGGCUGAGGUUGCGGUAUUGGAGGAAGAGGUGGUUCGAUUAGAAGAGAAGAUAGUGAAUUUCAGACAAGGUUUAUAUCAGGAAGCUGUCUACAUUUCCUCCAAGAGGAAUGCGGAAAUUCAGAUGGAUCCAAUUGAGCAGAAUUCAAUCAGAGGAUCCAAUCAUCAAAGAUCAAAAUCUCUGUCUCAAAGUGAGCUUAAUUCUACCACCAUUAAGCCUCAGAUUUCUCCUGCCAAAAGUGCUUCUAGUAGAAAACUAGUCAAUAGGAAGCAAUUACAUUCAAAACAAAAAUCCUUAUCAUCGAUACCAAAAGAGAAUUCUCUUGAAAAGAAAACGGCAAAAGUCAUCACUCCAGUGAAGAAAUCACCAACCAAACAAGAAUCAUCUGACAAGAGUGUAGACCACUUGAAGUUGCAGCUGGAAAAGAGAUUAGUAGAUAAGGAAAGCGCACAAAAUUCUUCAAUUUCAUCAAAUGAUAAGGUGUUAGAAGUUGAUAGCACACCAAAUAGAGUUUCAGAGGAUAUUGUCAAGUGUUUAUGUAGCAUAUUUAUGAGAAUUGGCACAUUCAAGGACAAUUUCGGAGAGUCAAAAACAAAAACACCUCUGUGUGAUCCAUACGGUAUCUGUUCAGUAUCCAAAACUAGAGAUAUUGGUGCCUACAAUAGUUUUUAUGAGAUUAAAGCACCCACCAUUGAUUUCAACCGAAUGAGAAAUGCAGCGUUUCUGACCAAUAGGUUAAAGUUCCUAUUUGGGAAGCUUGCUUCUGUGAACUUGAAGGGUCUUACUCAUCAGGAGAAACUUGCAUUUUGGAUAAACAUUUAUAAUUCCUGUAUGAUGAAUGCAUAUUUUGAGCAUGGCAUACCUGAGAAUCCUGAAAUGGUUGUAGCACUGAUGCAGAAGGCAACAAUAGUAGUGGGGGGCCACUUGCUCAAGGCAAUUACAAUAGAGCAUUUCAUAUUGAGACUUCCUUAUCAUCUGAGUUUUACCUGUCUAAAAGCUGCAAAAAAUGAUGAGAUGAAAGCAAGAAGCAUAUUUGGCUUGGAAUGGACCGAGCCUUUGGUUUCAUUUGCGCUAUCCUGUGGAAGCUGGUCUUCACCUGUGGUUAGGGUGUACACAGCUCCACAAGUUGAUAAUGAGUUAGAAGCAGCGAAGAGAGAUUAUUUACAAGCAGCAGUUGGCAUUACAACAACAAACCAGUUAAUAAUUCCAAAGAUACUUGACUGGUUUUUACUUGACUUUGCAAAGGACUUGGAAUCUUUGUUGGAUUGGGUCUGCCUUCAGCUACCUGUUGAACUGAGAAAGGAAGCAGUUGAAUGCCUUGAAAGAAAAGGAAGACAGCCUCUUUCACAGCUGGUCCAAAUGAUGCCCUAUGACUUCAGUUUCAGGUUGCUUGUACACCAAUAA